AAUAAAAUAAAUGUAUUGUUCUUUAUACAAUUUGAUACUGCUGUGUGUGUUUUACAUUUUGUUAUUUAUUAAUUUAUGAAGCAAUACAAUUUUGUCAAAAGUAUCAAUUGUAUAAUAAUGUUGUGAAUAAGAUGAAUAGUGUGGGUACCUCAUCUAACAGUGUUCAGCUGAAUUUAUCAAAUAAAUUCAGCCCAAAUAAAUUAAAUGUUAUUAAAAAGCCAGUGAUUCCAAUCAAGCCCAAAGCAUUGAGUUUAACCCCAAACUUAAGAGAGUUUGCAGCAAAAUUGGCUGCUGAGAAAGCAAAGAAGGUGCAGGAACAAACUAACAGUUUUCAGGCAUUUGUCACUAAGAAACGUUCAUUAUUGAGUACAAAGAAGCAGUGUUCUGAGACUCACUCUGAUAUUGCAAAGUUUGUCUCUGACAGGACUGUCGGAUUAGUUAAUAAGUCGCAAUUGGUGCCUACAAAACAUUCAAAUGGGUUUAAUGAUAGUCCAUCAAAUAGUUUCACUAAUAAAGUUACAACUGCAAGUGCCUCAUCCCCAGUUGCAACAUCAAUUAAUAGUUUCACUAAUAAACUUACCAGUAAUUGUCCCUCUCCAGUUGCUUCAUCAAUCAGUAAUCAGAAUGGAUCUGCUAAAAAGUUUACAUUUAAAAAGAUAACAAAGAAGCCAGUGGUUGAUUUGGAAAAUCUCAACAGUCCAACAAUAUGUAAUCAAUCAGCUUCAAAAUCUUUCAGAAAUUCAGCUACAGUAGGCAAAAAUGUAUCAACUGCUGAAUUGCUUGAUAUUCUGGAAGACAAAAAGGAAAACAGUACAAAUAACAUUAAUCAAUUGAAUAGUGCAAAUACUACAAUCAAAGCAAUACCCAAACAAAAUGUACAUAAAGAAGAAAUAGAUCUGAAUCAGUCAUUGGGAAUUGACAAUUUGCUAGCGGAGAGCUUGGAUUGGGAUGUACAAGAAAAGAAAGCAGAGAAGACCAAACAGUUGGAUGAGAUGAUUAUUGAGAAUAUUGAUUGGGAUUCUUUUAAUGAUGAAUUCCCAGAUGAUUUAGAAGCAACAUUAAAUGAUGCAAAUGCUUCAAAUUUAGAUAAUACAUUUACACCUUAUGAAGGAGGAAAAUCUAAAUCGCAUUCCAGGACUGAUAAUACCCUGGAAUUCCGAAAGGUAUAUCCGCAUACAGAUGUAAUGAACGAAGUGCUUCAUGGGAAAUUCGGUUUGCAAAAUUAUAGACCUAACCAGGAAGAGAUCAUCAAUGCCAGUUUAGAGCAACACGACUGUUUUGUUCUGAUGCCAACGGGCGGUGGUAAAAGCUUAUGUUAUCAAUUACCUGCUGUUCUUACACCUGGAGUGACUGUAGUUAUAUCACCACUUCGUGCGUUGAUUAGCGAUCAAGUUGAUAAAUUGAAUGCCCUUGAUAUUCCUUCAGCUCAUAUGUGUGCAGACGUGAAGAAGUCUGAAAUCGAUGUUAUAAUGGCUAAAUUGGCGCAAAUGGAACCUGGAAUAAAGUUACUUUAUUUAACUCCGGAAAAAAUAGUUGCUUCUCGGAAUACCUGUGAUAUGUUGCAAGGUUUGCACAAACGAGGCAAAUUAGCGAGAUUUGUAAUCGAUGAAGUACAUUGUCUGUCCCAAUGGGGACAUGAUUUCAGACCUGACUACAAGCAAUUAUCAUGUUUGAGAAGGAAUUAUCCAAAGGUUCCUAUAAUGUGUUUAACAGCCACUGCCACGAAAUUAGUACAAGAGGAUGUUUUGAAUAUUCUAAAUAUUAGAAACGUAAAAACAUUCAUCAGGAGCUUUAACAGACCCAACAUCAAAUAUCAAGUAUUGUCGAAAACGGCGAAAAUUGUGACUAGUGAUAUUGCGAACUUAAUUAAGAGUAAAUUUCAUAGAAAAUCUGGAAUAGUUUAUUGUCUGUGCCGAAAUGAUUGCGAUACGUUGGCUAAAGAUCUGAGUAAUUUUGGUGUUAGAGCUAAAGCGUAUCAUGCAGGAAUGAGUGGAUCGUCUAGAGAAAAGGUUCAACGUGAAUGGAUGAACGAUAUCUUUCACGUGAUUGUAGCCACUAUAGCUUUUGGAAUGGGAAUCGAUAAACCGGAUGUGCGGUAUGUGAUCCAUAAUUCGGUGCCGAAAUCCGUCGAGGCCUUUUAUCAAGAAUCAGGAAGGGCGGGAAGGGAUGGCGAGACUUCGUAUUCCUAUUUAUUCUACUCUCCUGGAGAUGUUAUACGUUUAAAAAAGUUAAUACAAAUGGACCGUAAUACUACUAAAAAGACCUUGGAGGGGCACUUCGAGAACUUGCAGCAAAUGGAGCAAUACUGUGACAACAAAAUCGAUUGCCGAAGGUACUUGCAGUUGAUGCAUUUAGGCGAGAAAUUCGAUAGGAAUAUAUGCUUGAAGAACAAAGCAACCGCUUGCGAUAACUGCGAGAACAUAAAAAACAAUCAAAUAAUGGACGUCACUAAAGAAUCUCGACAGUUAGCUCAACUCGUCAAAGAAAUGGCCACAAGGGAGAAUUUAACUAUGCUCCACAUCGUUGACGUCUACAAAGGAAGUAAAAUCAAGAAGAUAAUCGAUCGAAGACACGAUAAACAUUCACUUUAUGGAGCCGGUAGUCACAUGAGCAAGAACGACAUUCAUAGAGUUCUCAAAGAUUUGUUAUUUAAGAAAGCGCUCAAAGAUCAUUGUGUGCUCACUGGCGAAUUUCCAAUAGUUUACGUGAAACCAGGACCGAAUAUGCAAAGUCUCUACAGCACCAACAGCAAAGUAACAAUUUCUGUUGAAAAACGAACGAAUUCGAAAGCGCUUAAUGUUACCAAUUCUUCGACAUCGUUGACACCCGAUGAUCUAUCAUCUACGUCCGACUAUCAAUCAUAUACUCCCGACGAUCAACCAUCGACAUCAAACGCAUCGUCAGCUACCAGUUCCUUUGGGAAUGCCACAACUGCAUCUUCGCCGAAAACGAAUUUACGCAAGAUAAGUAGUUUGAAGGUCAUGUGCCACGAAGAGUUGCUGGAAGCUUGCAGGACGUUCGCCAUCGAACGAAACGCAACUCUAUCUUCUAUAAUGAACUUGACUGCAUUGAAAAAUAUGUCCGAACAGUUACCGGAUACUGUUGAUGAUUUCAUGAAGAUACAGUAUGUGACGAAAGCGAACUUCCAGAAAUUCGGAGAAGCUUUUCUCAAAAUUACCAAAACGUACCGAGCCCAAGUAGAUGCUCUAAAACCCGUGGCUACUUUCGCUCCUGCAAGCGCUGCAUACAACGAUGACGAUUGGGUCGCCAAUAAUUUUAGCCCUUCACCAAAAAAGAGGCAAGGUACAAAACGGAAGUUUUACAGACGCAAAGGAACUGCAAGCAAAAGGGGCAGUUGGAAGAGAAGGAAGAAUGGUUGAUAAUUGUUGUACAUGUUUAAUCUAAUUAUUUUGUUAUUAAUUUAUAUUUUGUAUUUAGAAAUUGAUAUAUUUGAUGCAAGUCCGUUUUAUAAUGUUUUUAUUUUUAUUCAAUUUUUUCCUAAAAACCUUUAUCACAUAUACGACAUUAAAGUUGUAAUCCACAUUCAAUGAUUAGAGAAUUAAGCAUUAAUUAAAGAAACAAAUUAAAUGUCAUUAUUAUUUAAUCAAAUGAGAAAUAUUUACCUUCAUUCA